AUGUCUAGAAUGAAGCUUUUUCUGUAUCUGUUUGCCCUAUUAGGAGGUUACUCUCACAACCGUGCGACUGCAAACCAAGGUAGGUACAGUUCAGUAUUUCUGAAAGGUAAAUAAUAAUUAUAAUAAAAUACAUUGUUUGAUUGUUUUUACAUUUGAGGUUUCAAAAAUUGCUGUAAGGUAAUAGUAGUCGACCUCGGUUUUUCCGAAGUCUCAGUCAUAAAACUUCACAAGCUAUAUUCCUGUGUUACUCUCAAAAUACAAAUCACACAGUUUCUCGUUGUCUUUGGUUUAUUUUUUUGUUUUUUUUUCCCUGAGAGGCUUGAUUUCAUCAUCAUUAACAGAAAAAUCUUUCAUGUGAAAAGCCUAGCUGGCAGGAUCGUGAUAACCAAACCUCACACAAUGGUUAAAAAAAAUUUUUUUAAACAUUUUUGUUAAACAAAGUCUAGCCUCUGAGUUGUAUUCUAUUCCAAUACAGGCGUGCACAAAAGGUAAAAGAAAGAGACUCUGUAAGGAGUUUAUAUUUAAUUUUUUUUUUUCGCUUUUCACUCUCAAUAUUUUGAUUUUUUUGAAACCUUUAUCUUUUAAGGGAAAUAAAAAACUUCAGGCGUAUAAUAGAAGAAAACGUUUACUUAAAAAAGUAAUUUGGAAAUAUUCGUGUCCUCUUGGUGUUUUCAACAGGAAGCCUGGGACAGAUUCUCUUCGAGCUUUCAUCUACGCUUCAGUAACUAAAGCUGGGUUAUGUCGGGGUUGUAAAGCUUAUUGAAAGGACCUGUUUUAAAAUUUUCAGAAAUCUGCAGACGUGUUAAGUUUUCAGAACCAAGCCGUGGCUUUGCUUUGGUGGGUCAUGUCUUUGCCAAUAUUACGUUAUUUAUUGGACCACACAUAAAUAACCACUGCAGAAAUCGAUGUAUCAUGGAGCAGAAAUGUCGAUCAAUCAACAUAGGUCAAGUAAGGAAAGACAAAGUCCUGUGUCAGCUGAGUGACUCGGACCAAUUAAAACAUCCGAACGAUAUAAAACCUAUGGAUGACUUUCUAUACUUGGGUAUUGAGGUAAGAAGUCUUACCCAGUCGCUCACAAAUGUAAAACAAACGUCGACUUCAGAAUAUUGUAGGAUUCAACAUCAAAUUCGUAUUUUUAAAAAAACGACGUGA